AUGAAGUCUGUAGUGUCGUCUUUUUCAAGUGUGAAUAUUGAAGUGCUGGAGGAUCUGCGCUCUGAUUUUCGGGCGCUACUGGAGAUUAUGUCGGUCGAUGCUUGCGUAUCAAAGUUCGAGUUGAUGUCACCAAACCUUCAUGGAGGGGUACAACUUUCUUUUUCGGAAAUUGGUUCGAAAUGGGUUGAUUUUACUUAUGAGAGAUUGCCGGAAUUCUACCAUGAUUGUGGGAGCUUAAAGCAUUGGUUGCCAUAUUGUUCCAGGCCUUCUAUGGACAUUCGUGUGGGUGCUAUGAAACCUUUCAGUAGCACUUUGCAUGCUACUCUGGAGCCUGUUGGUGGUUUGCGUUUCUCAUAUCAACGGGCUUGUGACCGGUCAAUCACUUUUCAUGAUUUGGCGGGAUCGUCUUGUGACGGAAACCGUCAUCAGAUUGAUCUUUCUUCUGAGGUGGUUCCGCAAUCGGCUGACACAACAUAG